CUUAAGACUUGCAAAGAUAAUGUAAAUGUUUUAUUUCAGAGAUUAAGAAGAUUAUCCACAAAAUACAGAACAGAGAAGAUCUAUCCAACAGCCACUGGUGAAAAGGAAGAAAAUGUGAAAAAGAACAGAUACAAGGAUAUAUUACCAUUUGAUCACAGCCGAGUUAAACUGACCUUAAAAACUCCGCCCCAAGAUUCCGACUACAUCAAUGCAAACUUUAUUAAGGGAGUACAUGGGCCGAAGGCGUAUGUUGCUACCCAGGGACCAUUAGCAAAUACAGUAAUAGAUUUCUGGAGGAUGAUAUGGGAAUACAAUGUGGCUAUAAUUGUAAUGGCCUGUCGAGAAUUUGAAAUGGGAAGGAAAAAAUGUGAACGUUACUGGCCGUUGUAUGGGGAAGCAGCAGUAACUUUUGGACCAUUUCGUGUUUCAUGUGAAGCUGAGCAAGCAAGAACAGAUUACUUCAUUAGAACGUUAUUACUUGAAUUUCAAAAUGAAACUCGUAGUGUCUAUCAAUUUCAUUAUGUUAACUGGCCUGACCAUGAUGUCCCAUCAUCUUUUGAUUCUAUUCUGGACAUGAUCAGUUUGAUGAGAGAAUACCAGGAACAUGAAGAUGUACCAAUCUGCAUACACUGCAGUGCAGGGUGUGGAAGAACAGGAGCCAUCUGUGCCAUAGAUUAUACAUGGAAUUUGCUUAAAGCUGGGAAAAUACCUGAAGAGUUCAACGUAUUUAAUUUAAUACAGGAAAUGAGGACGCAAAGGCAUUCUGCAGUGCAGACAAAGGAGCAGUAUGAACUUGUCCAUCGAGCCAUAGCACAACUGUUUGAAAAGCAACUGCAAAAGUAUGAAAGCUGUACGGACUGGAAGAUUGCAGAUGGAGUGGAUGAAAAUAAUACAGAGAAUGCUGUGAGUUCUUCAGAUGCUCAGAAACAGGAUUCUCCACCACCAAAGCCUCCACGGACCCGCAGUUGCCUUGUAGAAGGAGAUGCUAAAGAAGAAAUAUUGCAGCCUCCAGAGCCUCAGCCAGUACCACCUAUCUUAACACCAUCUCCUCCAUCAGCCUAUCCGACAGUCACUACAGUGUGGCAGGACAAUGACAGAUACCAUCCAAAGCCAGUUUUGCACAUGGUUUCAUCAGAGCAUUCAACAGACCUCAAUGAGAAUUAUAAUAAAACCACAGAACUUUCAGGAAAGAGUGAACCCAGUGAACGUAUGGAGAAAAGGCUGGAGCGCAACUUGAGCUUUGAAAUCAGGAAAGUACCUCUUCAGGAGGGCCCACGAAGCUUUGAUGGGAACUCCCUGUUGAACAGGGGACAUGCAAUUAAAGUUAAGCCUGCACCAUCCUCUGUAAUUGAUAAGAACUUGAAGUCACAGGAACAGAUUUCAGGGGAUUCAUUUGUGGAUGCUUCUAAAAACUCAUGUAUGGAAUGCAGCGUGCCACAGUCUAACACAGCCUUAAUACCUUCACCAGAAAGUCUGCAGGGCCAGCAGGUUUCUGAUGCUCCACCAAGACCAGACCGUCUGCCUCUAACAGAAAAGGGACAUGCCAGGUGGUCGCUGCACGGGCCUGAAAAUGCACUGCGUACAUCAGUGUCUGGAGACGUGUCUUCAGAUGGCUUAUGUCAUGGGGUUAAUACUCUCUGUCUAGUAUCGAACACCACAGUUGAACUUCCUUCCAGUGAUAAAGAUGAUCAUACUGCUAUUUCUCUUCGAGCACCCCUCUGUUUUACUAAUCCUCUUCAUUCAGAUGAUUCGGACACAGAUGAAAUGAACUUUGAUGGAGCCAUGAGCAGAAGUGCAUCUAAUAUUUCAACCGCAAGUGCCACUGUUUCUGCUGCCACUACUACCGAAAACAUUUCUGCCAGAAAAGUACUGCCAAUGUCAAUUGCUAGGCAAGACUUAGCUGCUGUAAUGUGUUCUGAAGAUGGCAAAGAUGCUGAUAAUAGUGAAGACUCUUCUCCCCCACUCCCAGAAAGAACACCGGAAUCAUUUGUAUUAGCGAGUGAACCAAGCACACCCUUACCGAAGUCAGCUAUGAUUGCACAGCCUGAGUGGAGCAUAUUGCGUGAUCAGCAUCUCCCUGAGCAAACAAUCUAUACGGGUUUGAAAACAACUUCACCUGUACUACCUGGUCGUCCUGAAAUAAGCAACAAAACACCAACAGAUGUUUUACCUCAGAUUUCUUUUUCUGGUUCCAGUGAUCCAAGAGGUCAAAUUUCAGAUCUUCCCGCAGAAAUAACAGAUAUUGGUUUUGGUAACCGCUGCGGAAAGCCCAGAGGACCGAGAGAGCCACCUUCAGAAUGGACAUGAUCCAAUACUUAUGGACAUACUAUCAAUAAAUUAUACUGGAAAACUCAA